UCUCUCUCUAUAUCUAUAUCUAUAAUAUCCAUAGAGGCUUGCUUCGUUUAUAGCGCAAAGGCACUUCAAUCCAAAAACUGCCCUCCCGGAAGCCCAAACCCUUUUUGCUGUCUGUUUCGGAUCAUGUGAGAACAGAACAGAGCAGAGCAGCUGAAAUCUGUGUGUUGUCGGGUCACAAUACAGUGUUGGAUCUUCUUGGCCGGUAAUCUGAUCCGAUCCGGUUUUGCGUGUUUGUGGAUUCUCUCCAGCUGCGGGUGGGUCAUGACGCGACGGUGCUCGCAUUGCAGCAACAACGGCCACAACUCCCGGACUUGCCCUAACCGAGGGGUGAAGCUCUUCGGCGUUCGAUUGACGGAUGGGUCGAUCCGGAAGAGUGCUAGUAUGGGUAACUUGACCCACUAUGCCGCCAGUAACGGCAGCGCCGGCUCCACUACUCCCCACAAUGGUAUCGCCCAUGACUCCCCCGGGGAUACGCCGGAUCACCCCUCCGCCGCCUCCGCCGCCGCCGCUGAUGGCUAUGCCUCCGAGGACUUCGUUCCUGGAUCCUCCUCCAGUCGCGAAAGAAAGAAAGGUGUUCCAUGGACCGAAGAGGAACACAGGAUGUUUCUUCUUGGUCUACAAAAGCUUGGAAAAGGUGAUUGGCGUGGAAUUGCUCGCAAUUAUGUGGUUUCAAGAACACCUACUCAAGUUGCAAGCCAUGCUCAAAAAUAUUUUAUCAGGCAAAGUAAUGUAUCGAGGCGUAAAAGGCGCUCCAGCCUAUUUGAUAUUGUUGCAGAUGAACCAGUUGACACUCCAAUGGAAUCUCAAGAUUUCCUUUCCACCAAUCAUCUUGAGGCCGAGCCACAGAGCAAUAAUAAUGCGUUACCACCUCCUCCUAAUCUGGAUGAAGAAUGUGAAUCUAUGGGUUCUGCUGCUUCUGCCAACUCCAAUGAUGGAGAAACCAUGCAUCCAAAUCCCGAGAGCUCCCAAUACUCUUAUCCAGUUGUAUAUCCAGCUGCUGCUGCUGCUUAUGUGACUCCGAUAUAUCCAUUGCCCAUUCCAUAUUGGCCAGGGUACUGUCCAGAGCCAGCCAAAGCAGAGAAACACGAAGUGUUCAAGCCAACAGCAGUCCAUACAAAGAGUCCCAUUAACGUUGAUGAAUUAGUUGGUAUGUCGAAGUUAAGCUUAGGGGAAUCGCUCGCUGAUGUCAAGCCAUCUGUGUCUCUGAAGCUAGUCGAAGGCUCAACAAGGCAGUCAGCCUUCCAUGCUAAACCUGCCGCCGCCUCUGGUAAUUCCAGCAUCAGCUCUAGCCACAACCCAAUCCACGCGGUCUAGCUCAACGUGCCUCGUGUGAUGGCUAAUCGCUGAUGAGCUGUGUUUCCUGUUAAUACGAGAUAAUAGUGUGUUGCUUGGUUAAUGGUUUUUGGUUAGUGAUAACUUUAUUUGUUGGAAUAAUCUUCUCUAGCUAGCUCGGGUUUUAGGAAAUCUUUUAACUGCAGUGUCACUGCUUGUAGCUUGCAGCAGACAGAUACUUUUCUUUAAAUUAUUUGAAUUUGACAUUUUGAUGUCAAGUUCUGAAUUACUUUUCCGCUUUA